AUGGAGACAGAGGCUCUGCAUACACUUCCCGAGCUAGUAGCCCAUUCUCGGGAUCAGCGAUACCGAGAGCUACACGAUCGGGAUGAAGGCUUGAAGGAGAGCGAAAAUCGGGAGAAACAAAUAUCAAGAAAUUUGGCCGAAAACGUAUCAACGCGACUGCCUCUACCCCUUCCAGUUCUGACAGGAGUGAACAGGUAUUCUAUCGGUGCAUCCACUGGUAUCAGCUUGGGCCAACUAUACUGUGGUCCUUGUGCACCUACAGCUGAUCCUUCAGUUCCUGCUGAAACUAGAACAAAUGUCACAGACUCGCGAACUUAUGGAGCACCUCACCUGUACAAGACAUCACCAGCCAAAGCAACACAACAAACACAUGUGACACCCCCCUUACCACCGCCUACAAUGCUCUUCUCGGCAACACCUGGGAUGAAUGUUGAUUAUGCCUCUGGAGAUGACAACAAUCUCAACUUUCUGUAUUGUAGCUUCAUUUCUCCCGACUCCAACAAGCGUGAUAGUUCUGGAAAGGUGACCAUUGCAACAUCGACAACUACGACGGCAAGUAGUCUGGGCAGCAAUGACAGCAAUGGAGGUAGCAGCCUAAGUGAAAGUGAAAUCUUUGUUGGAACUUCGUUAGUUAGUCCGAAUACGAUAAUGCCCCUACCGAAUAACCCACUGGCUGUUCCAUCACAACGCAGUUCAGUAGAAGUGAAAUCAAAGUUCUUUGUGAAAGGAAUUUGUUGCACCACCGAAGUCCCAAUUGUCAGGAGAAUAUUAAGACUAGUCAAAGGUGUAUCAAGGGUGCAAAUUCAAUUGAUCUCCAAGACUGUUAUAGUCCACCAUUGUCCUGAAACAGUAACUGUUUUACAGCUGGCGCAAACCUUGGAAGACCAAGGAUUUCCAACAAAGAUUAUUCACGACGGUUCCAACUUUGUAGGGACAGAUGCUAGUGCUACAAACAGCACUUCGCUUAAAGGAGACAUGGAACAAAUGGAGCGUUCGAAAUUUGUGGUCUCGACCCUUUCCGUGGGUCAUGACUGGAGCCGACAGAAUGUCCAAGACUUGGUGAAAGCUUUGCGUGAUGAAUACAAAUGCGACCACAAAGUACGUGCUAUUCACCCCAAUUCAAUCUCAAAGACAAUAAAGGUGGAACAUGAUCCAAUCGAAGUGCCCGUCGCCGAUAUUGCUGCGACGCUGAAAGCACAAUGCAAAAUUUCAGUUGUUGUCGCGGUGGAUGGUGCCAGUUGCAACCUUUACAUGCCCAAGGGUCCAGAAGGUGGAGAUAGCACCACUACGGGUUCUGUCCGAGUAUCAUCGCCUAGUUUGAUGCAAGAAGAUACUACGUUUCUUUCCUUCAAUGUUCUUCGCUGCAACGUUACUAUGAGUGGAAUAUUUUGGAUUCUCAGCUUGCCUAGUCACUUUGAAGUAUUAGAAUCCUUCAAAUAUUUUGGAUUGGCUUCAGUUGCGUUUGGACUACCUCCAAUCUUGAAAAAAGCUUUCCGGACACUUCGUCGGUGUCAGUUUGAUGCCAAUUGUAUGAUGACAACAGCCGCGAUUGGUGCCAUAAGCUUACAACAGUACGAUGAAGCAGCGUCUGUGGCCUUCCUCUUUUCUAUUUCCGAGUUGUUGGAACGACGCGCAAGUCGACAAGCUCGCGAGGCCUUGAAGGAUAUCUGCGACAUGAAGCCCGAGUAUGCCAAUGUCAUCCAUCCAGGGACGCAAGAAAUCACAAUUGUCCCAGCCGACAAAGUAAUUCUGGGAUCUCUUGUCUCGGUAAAGACUGGUGAUAAGAUUGCCACGGACGGUGUCAUUGUUGAAGGCCAUUCGUUGGUUGACGAAUCUAGUUUGACAGGCGAAUCGGUCCCAAUAUCCAAAGCUGUAGGCGACAAAGUGAAAGGUGGUACUAUCAACAUUGGGAAAACUCAACUUGUCGUCAGAACCACUGCAACGGUGGAGGAUUCAGCAGUGUCUCGCCUGAUUCAACUGGUCGAAGAUGCACAAUCGAAUCGCUCGGAAACAGAAAAGCUCAUUGAUUCAUUUGCCCGUACCUACACGCCUACUGUCAUGGUCCUCGCACUUCUGAUGCUCAUGGUACCACUGUUCAUCGGGUCGGAAAAUGCCCAUCAAUGGAUGCUGAAUAGUCUCAUUAUCAUUGUCAUUGCAUGCCCCUGUUCUCUCACCAUAAGUACGCCGGUCACCUACGCCGCGGGGCUUGCGGCUACUGCACAAAAGGGUAUCGUCGUAAAGGGUGGUGCAAAGCUCGAGGCAAUGGGGAGCGUUGACAAGGUUGUGUUCGACAAGACUGGAACGCUGACUAAUGGAGUCUUUUCCUUGGUUCAUUUCGACGUUUUCUCUUUAACAAAAACACGCCGCGAACUUUUGGCACUCUUGGCGCUGAUUGAAGGACGGUCCAGCCAUCCCGUUGCCGCUUGUCUGGUUCAAUCUGCCAAAGAUGAAAAUGCGCUCAUACCACGUGAUCUGAUAAUGUCAGAUCAUACUCUCUUGAAGGGAGAAGGGGUCAGCGCCAAUGUCGGUGGUACAAUUGUUUACGUUGGAAACCAGCGUCUAUUUGCUCGGUUAAAUCUCUUGGAUUCACUACCAGCAAAUGAAAGAGAGAAGACUAAUUCUUGGGCCGGUACCGGAUCAAUGAUUGGAUUUAUUGGCACCAAAGAAGAGGGCAUCAUGGGAGCCUUUUGCGUCAAGGACACCAUUCGGAAGGAAGCCAGAUCCGUGGUUCAGGAUCUGCGAGAUGAAGGUAUCGAAAUCAUGCUUUGUACUGGUGAUAGUUACGGAGUUGCGAAUGCUGUUGCAAAUGAAAUUGGUAUCGCUCCAGAAUGCGUUCGGAGCCAGAUGCUACCCGAAGAAAAGUACAAAUACGUUGAAAACUUGAAGAGAACACCGGCAAGAGGCUGUGCUAUUUGGCAAAAGCAGCAAUAUGUCUUAUUCUGUGGUGAUGGUAUCAAUGAUGCGCCAGCUUUGGCCACCGCAGAUAUAGGAUGUGCGUUGGGAGAGGGCGCGGCAAUGGCAAUGGUAACUAGUGACAUUACACUGAUGGAUUCUAAUCUUUCCAAGAUCACGGAGACCAUUUCUAUUGGAAAGAAGGUACGAAAGACGAUCAAAGAGAACAUCAUCUUGAGUCUUCUUGGAAAGCUGGUUGUUGUCGCUAUGACUUUCAAUGGAGAAAUGUCAUUGCUGUUGGCAGUGGGUUCGGAUGUCGGAAUCAUGCUUCUGGUAACACUCAACGGGAUGAAAGUCCUUUCAUCCACCCACGAAGAUCCAAAACUGGCUAUCGACAAAAAACAGCUAAACAAGGACUUGAUUGAAAUGCAAUCCCUAGUUGGUAAUGAUGUUGCGGGGGACGGGAUCGUCUAA